CAGGAACGGUUAUGCCGCCUGUACCAACGAUACCAUCCACGUUCCAGGUGCGAGUGGAAGCUAACAUUCUGGACAAGAAAACCACAAUCGUGGCCGAGGAGUACUAUGACAUGCUGAACAACCGGGCCGCAUUACGGACCAUCACGAACAAUACCGAAGAUUACAUGAUUUUCGACUAUACCAAUGAUCAAAUCAUCUACGACGUCAACGGCAUUUGUUAUGCCGACGACAUGAAGUACGAUGAUAACCAGCUAUUGUUUGGUAUGAAACUACAGCAGGGUUCGGGAGUUCCCCACAUAUACACGACGGCUGAUACCCUCCACUUCGCCAAAAACAACGGUUUGUUGUACAUGGGUCGAAAGGCAGUCCGAGGCAUCCAGUGUGACUGGUGGCGCUCCUGUAUGUACUGGGGCAUGCUUCAGUCCAACUUCACACUCGACUAUUACUUCACAGCGAUGUACACCAACUAUACAUGGCUUGAGCCGGACAAUAGUCACGUGGUUCCGAUUCGUGCCGAGAUUACUGGAAAUCAGUACGUCGCGCAAAUCAACGGUGCAAUGUACAAGACAUUGCACCGCGUAUACGAAUACUUCGAUUUCCGCCAUUCCAUUUGGGCACCAGAGGCGAAAUUCCUGCCUCCUCGGGGCUUAAAGUGUGCAGGCCGGACGAGCACGAAGCCAGUCCCCAACCUCACGGCCCAGUAUUCCUACCGUGAGGAGAUCGUGGACUCUCUAGACAGCGCCAUCUCUCAGGCUGAUGUGUACUACGACUAUUCCUACAAGCUGGUUCGGUUCGACUACCGGCCCGGAAAUGUCUACCCUUACUACACCAGCAACCCCGUCACAGAGAUCCAUGACUACAGCACAGGUAUCGCCUACGCCAUUGACAAGACACUGGGCAACUGCUCCAUUAUUCCUAUCCAGAACGCCAGUUUUGACGCCUCCAUCAACAUUACCGUUAACCAGAACGCCAACAAGCAGUUUUACAUCCGUAUGAAGUCACCGUCACAGCUCUUCUACCUCGAUAACAAGACCUACUCAUACGAGGGACAGCGGACAGUACGUGGCGUUCUGUGUGACGUUUUCAUCUCUAAGCGGACGGAUUUCACCUUGCCUUAUAUAUCAGUACCGUUCACGUCGACCUUCGAAUUUUUCUUCCUUGCGGAUUCCUGGACGGAGCAAAACAAUCUAGGACAGAAAUCUAUAACAAAAGAUGUACCUAUCCAGUUAGCAAUAACAACGCCGGAUAGUGUCGGGUACUCGGUCACGUACAACCUCUACGAUUGGACGACGGAAGACCCUUCCUUUAACAGAUUCGACGUCACCAGCUGCUACACCGUGGAUCAGAAGAAAUCCUUUAUUAUUGAGUGGCCAGGAACAUGGGAUCAGAGUAUAGCUCAGUAUCAAAACCAGUUUGUUCGCCAAGUGACCCAAACAAUUACCAGGAUGUCACAUGUCAACGCAAUAAGAAUACAAAAGCCAACUUUUAAUUUUGACACAUCUAAUAUCUACUUUGUGGCCACACUUCUGGAUGUUCCACAACCUCUUGCUUAUUUCUCGAAGAUGCCAAAUCGGUACCGCCAAAUGUCCAACGAUAAACAGGUGACAGUCACGAGCGCCAUGGACUGUGCCCGCUCGUGUAACGACGGGUCCACGCUGACGGGGUGCAUGAGCUUCGACUACUGCCCCAGCAACAAUCUGUGCGGACUAAGCAAGUCGCACACACAGGACGGGUCCGUGGUGGCUGGAUCAACCACCUGUGAUCACUAUGACCGUACUGUGGACAACACUGCCCUCAUGAUAUCAAUGGACGCCGCCUGGACCGCCCUCAAGAAUUCCGUCCUCAUCGGAGACUUUCAGUUCACUGUAAACGUUAAUGGAAAUCCGGUGAAGUUUACGGCGGGGUCAAUUGACGAGAAUGUUAAGCAAAAUGCACAGCGCCAACUGUCAUCACAGGUCCUGAUGAACAAGUUCAACAUGCAGAUCAACAAGAACAUCCCGGGCUAUGACGACCUGGUCCUGACUGGUGUGGCCAUCGAUGACUGUGCAUCCUCCUGUAUCUCGGAGCAGAGCUGGGUGUGCAACUCCUUCUCGUACUGUUUCGACACCGGCUACUGCGUCUUAUCUAAGCUCCACCCCGACACCAGGCCAAGCGUUGUCGUCAACAAACCACUGUGCGAUCUGUACUCAAAAAAGUACUCAGCUGACUACCAGAUGAUCGCCGGAACAACGGUACUAUCAAGCUCCGACACCAUCUACCAGAACAUAUAUACUGCCGACCAGUGCGCUCAGUUAUGUAGCAACUACAACGGAUUCAACUGCAAAUCCUUCGAUUUCUGCGAUGGCAUUUCGACCUGUUAUCUUGGCAAGACCCACUUCUACGAUGUUCCUCAGUCCGACAGACAGGAUUCCCCCAUGUGCAAUCACUUUUCAAGAAAAUACCUUGCCGAUUUCCAAAAGAACUCUCGUAUGCAGCUUUUGAACAAAGCCGACCGCAUUAUACAGAACAUUCCCGUUGACCAGUGCGCCAAGAUCUGUGUGGAGCAGGAGGCCGCAAGCUGCGCCAGCUUUGGUUACUGUGGCAACAGCUCCGAAUGUCGCCUCUCUACGGCGUCCAUGCGCAAUGUGGGACAGGUGUCCUCUCAACCAAAUCUCUGGUGUGACAUCUACAGCCGAACGGCAUUCCCUGAUGGUACUCCGUACAUCAACAAUCCACAGAAGUAUUAUGCUCCACCAAAAUCAUCAGGAUAUUCAGGAGGCUCGAUGGCUGGCCUAGCGUUUGGCAUGAUCGUUCUCGGGCUUAUCAUUGCCGUCGGCGUAUUCUUCGGAUACCAGAAAUUUAGAGGAAGUCCGAUGGACAAUAUGGCGGUCUCCUUCGUGAAGGAUGAGCAUGAUGCAUAGGUUAUCACCUUUCAUUGAAACAUGUUAAAGUGGGAAAUGUGUGUGUGUGUGUGUGUGUGUGCGUGUGCGUGUGCGCGUGUGUGUGUGUGUGUGGACAAAAAGUAGCUCUGUGGUUCUCAUAUCAACCAGCACAGGCUCAACGUUUCGGGGAUAUUUGCCUUAUGUGGCCAGUCAAAAGACAAAAAUUAAUGUUCCAGUUAAAAAACCUAAGGAACUUUAAGAUAGAAGAUCCUAUCAUACGAUGCGUCCGUUGACACUAUGGGGCCUCUCGCCGCAAAACAAAUGUGCUGGAUUGACCAUGACGAGUCCAAACCACAAAGAGAUGGGCAGACAUAUAAUUUGUGCAAUUAUUGUUUUAUUCUGUGAUAUUGUUGUUUUUAAUAUAUAUAUAUACAAUGAAACUAAUAAAGGUCUGGAACACAUUUGUUUGAUAUUUCCUGUACACUUACAACUGAUUUAAGUAGCGUAUUUUGAUAAGCAAACAUUGCUGUUGAUAUACACUGUUCUCAUGUUGUAAAUCCCACUGACGAAUGUGUACAGGGGUCAAUACAGAUGUUUUAUUUAUCUUGCAAUCCCAUCAUUGCCUAUGUUCAUCUGUUAUAUGUUGCAACAUUUGACUUCAAAAUAAAUAUGUUGAAACCAA